ACUCAGCCACUGAUGUUCUACCUUUCGAAAAUGUUCAGUCGAAAGCGGUUGCUCAAAAUUCCAUAGCCCCAAAGCCUUGCCCCCUUUUCCGAACUUUUUUUCGGAUCCGCAUUCCGCCAAAUCCGCUCGAUCCAUGGGUACGGUGGUCAGUACCCUGCAGCGACCCACUCUCUUCGUGAGCAUGGACAGCACGCAUGCGCAGUUCGUGCGGGAAACCAUCAGCAGCAACAAGGUGGUGAUCUUCAGCAAGAGCUACUGCCCCUACUGCAGCAUGGCCAAGGAGCAGUUCCGGAAGAUCAACGUCAAGGCGACGGUGAUCGAGCUGGAUCAGCGGGAGGAUGGGAACGAGAUCCAGGCGGUACUUGGCGAGAUGACGGGAUCGAGGACCGUUCCGCGAUGCUUCAUCGAUGGCAAGUUCGUGGGCGGCGGCACCGAUGUGAAGCGCCUAUAUGAGCAGGGCAUACUGCAGAAGUAUUUUCAGUGAAAAGUGGGGAGUCUUAUGAUUUUUCAUUUGAUUUUUUUGUUCUGCAUUAAUAAAGAGAAGCAGUUGAAAUAGUACCAAA